AUGAGACCAUACUUCACUCUGCUGCUCGCACUGGCGUUCAUUCUGGCCUGCACCAACCUCGUGGAGGCGGACGCCGGCCGAGUUCUCGAGACUACCACCAACGAACACGCCCGCCACCUUCGUACCGCUGUGGCGAGCGUCGUCGAUCUGCCGGACGACGAAGACGAGCGACUUCUUGGCUACAACACGGUCCAGCUGUGGCGGAUGAGGCGCACAGCUAACAAGCUCAUGAACGGCAAGCUCACUACCCAGAAGGAGGCCGCGCUCAAGAAGUGGAUGGCCUCCCAGCAGGACAAGUUCCUGGCCAAGUGGCUGAAGUCGUCGUCCGUCUACCCUGACCAAGUGUACAGCAAGCUGGGGCUGACCAAGCUGGGCGCGAGUGCGAAGAGCAGCCCCAACUACCAACUGUACGAGAAGUACACGGAGGCGCUGCUCCAGCGCUGGACCAACUUUAAGGCGAGUCCCGAUACGGUCUACAAGUCUCUGCGCCUCGACAAGCUGGGCGCCAAGGCGCCGCAGAGCCCCAGCUACCCCAUGUACGAGAAGUACCUGCAGACGUUCUUCCGGAACCAACCCGCAAACUAG